GAUGCGCCAGGGGAAAGGCCAGCGUCCUACAUAAAGAGUCCAGGACAGGGAGCCGGGCAACACACCAGGCGGCAUACUUUCUGCUCACAUACGGCCAGGAGGAGAGUGGCGCCGAGAAAGCGAGCAGAGGGGAAAGGACAAAGAAGGAGAGGCAGUGAAUGAUUGGGAAGAGAUGGAGCGCUCAUGUGAACACAAGAUUCCUUGCUGGGUUUAUGUGGGCACUCUGCUCUUCUUCUUCCACUUCUACUCAGUCACAGUCAGCGGAGCUCCUCUGAAGCAGGAGGCACUGGACAAUGGUGCCACAGUGCUGAAUCACUCCAUGCAUUUGGUGCAUCGCAUGGAGAACCUAUUGACCUUGGGGAACAGCAGCGACGUUAGUCUCCGGGUGCAAACCAUCAACACAGACGAGGUGAAGGUGAUCCAAGCUCACAGUCUGGUCCUCACUCUGCAGAGCGAUGUGUUCGAGGAGCUGUUGCUCAGCCGUAACAACAGCGCUCUGGUUUUGAUGGAAACUCCAGACUGUGCUGCUGUCUUCGACAAGUUUAUCAGAUAUUUGUACUGUGGUGACAUCUCGCUGCGGCUCGACCAGGCCAUAUCCCUGCACAAGCUGGCCAGCAAGUACCAUGUGUGGGGCUUGCAGCAAGGCCUGACCCAGUACAUGACUCAACAUCUUUCCAGUGAUUCGCCCACAGGCCACGUGGUUAGCUGGUACACCUAUGCACUGCAAAUCGGGGACGCAACCCUGCGGGAGAGCUGUCUGCAGUACCUGUCCUGGAAUCUGUCCUCGGUGCUGCAGAGCGGAGAAUGGGGAUCCAUCAGUGAAGACCUGCUCCUGUCCUUGCUCCAGCGCUCCGACCUCAUUCUGCAAAGUGAGCUGGAGCUCUACGAGGCUCUGGAGGCCUGGACUAACCAGAACCAGCCGGUCAGCUCAACAGUAGAGACUGCCCUGAAGGCGAUCCGGUACGGCAUGAUCCCCCCUCACCAUCUCUUCCGUCUUCAGAGGCACUCUCCCCUCAUGGCGAAGUAUUACGAGAGCAUCCGUGACCUCCUCUAUCUCGCGUUCCAGUUUCACUCCGCCUCACCGAUUCAACUGGCCAAGUACUUUGACGUCAACUGCAGCAUCUUCACUCCCCGCAACUACCUGUCCUCAUCUUGGGGCUCUCCUUGGAUCAUCAACAAUCCCACCCGUGAUGACCGUAGUUUCAGCUUCCAGACCCAGCUUGGGCCCAGCGGCCACGACUCCAGCAAGCGAGUGACGUGGAAUGCCCUGUUCUCCCCUCGCUGGCUCCCACUCAGCGCCAGGUCUACCUACACUGAGCUGGGUGCCAUGCAGCCCACGCGCACGGAGGGAGGUCGACCUCGCAUCAUCGUGACGCCGGCCACCUCCAGCCCCGACUUUGCCGGAGUGAGUUUCCAGAAAGCGGUCAUCGUGAUGGCAAAGCAGCAAGGAAAAGUGGUUGUCCGCCACGUUUACAACUUCCACCAGAGUACAGAGGAGGCUGGGGAUUUCUUGGUGGAUGCUGACCUGCAGCGCCGUGCAUCUGAGUACCUCAUCGACAGCUCCCUCUAUCUGCACAUUGUGAUCAAACCUCUCUACCAUAGCCUGCUUGUUGCCAGGAAGUAAAAACAGGUUUUUUUUUUUGUAUUUGUGACCUCACCGUUUGUUAUCUGCCCACACAAUCACAUGCACAUGUUCCAAAGCACACUCAUAUCACAGUACGUGUAUGUGUCAGCUCCAUAACGUUCAUGUUUUACUUUAUUUUUGUUCAUUCUUUUGUCUUCCAGCUGUUUAGCAAAGCGUUAGACAAAAAAAGACUGACAGACAAGCUGUGAUUACCAUUGUAAUGGUAGUAGGUUAUUCCUGUAUUUCAUGUGCAAGAGCAACACAAAAUAUAAGUUAUUGUACUUCUUGAGGUAUCUUAUUGUGUAAUAGUUUCUCCUUCAUGUUAUAAAUCAUUGCUAAUUAUGUUUGAAUAGGUCAACAACCACCACUAUUAUUAUCUAUUAUUUAUAGAGUGUGUUUUCUCUGCAGUCAAAUAUAGAUUUGUAGUCAUGACACAUAUUUUGUAAAUUAUUUUAUGCACCACUUUAAAGUUUAGAUAUCAAAUUGUUUUUCAGGAUUUUGUUGUGACGUAUUAGAAAACUAGAAAUGUAUGAUUGCUGCCUGGACAUGUUUUUCCUUUUAUGUGUGUUUUUUGUUGACUUAGUUUUUUGCUUUUGUUACAUACGUAUUUUUUGAGUUUUAAAAAAAAUCUCGAACAGUUUGUGAUAAUGAUAUUAAAAUAGAAAUUAAAAUAUAUAGCCUCAUAAAAAACAAUAACAUUUUAGAUUCUAGAUGUUAAGCUGUCUUUCAAAGUGAGCUUUAGUACGGUCAAAUAAAUGUUUGACUUCUAUUGAAUUAAACUAUUUUCGUUUUUCUCUUUUGUUAAAUAA